AUGUCAACUGCUACAACUCGGUUGUAUGAAUGUACCAUCGAUGUCGAGGACCCAAACGGUUAUCACACGGGACGAUACUUUCCAGUGAUAUUGGGGAAUGAGUUCAAGGGCGGUAGAUACCGUGUUCUGCAUAAGCUUGGAUGGGGUGGAUUCGCAACUGUCUGGCUGGCGAGAGAUAACCUGACCUCCUCCAAUGUGGCCGUGAGGAUUAUCAAUAUGAACGAUAGCUCCCAAGAGUUCAAAGUUCUACACCACCUUCAACAUUCAAGCGUUGCCCAGGCAAAUGUUGACCACCCAGGUCGUGCUUCAGUGCUCCAGCUCCUUGACCACUUUGAGCUCGCAACUCCAUACAUGGGUUUGGUAUUCCCGGUCAUGGGCAUGGACCUUCGGUCUCGGAUAGACGCUCAGCGCGGACAACGCUUGCCAAAGCAGGCUGCGUUAAACGUCGGUUACCAAGUAGCCCUCGGCCUGGACUACCUCUGGAAAUGCGGCAUUGCACAUGGAGAUUUAUAUUCUCAAAAUAUCCUCUACUCUGCACCUGCUGUAUCUCGAAUAUCGGAAGAUAAGAUUAUGCCUUACUUGGGAAAUCCGGUGACUGGCAGGGUUCGAAUGACAGACGGCCAAAGCCCUCCGCCUUCGAUGCCUCCUUAUUUGGUCCGGCCAGCUUCGAUCCGCGGUGACGAUGUGGACGUUAAGAUUGCUGACUUAGGGAACGCUGCCUCAAAAAGGCGUGAGAAAACUGCUGACAGGAAGAUUUCCAAGAUAUUUGAAAUUAUCACCGGAAGGACAUUCAUGGAUGCAUUCUUAGCAGACCGGAUGGACAUGAUCGUUGGCUUGAAACGAGUCCUUGGACAGCCGCCAUUAAUGUGGCGUAAUGCCUUGGAAAGCAAUGUUCGAAAUAUGCUUGAUAGUACCCCCGCCCGAGAUAUGGGAUUCUACCAGUAUCUUGAACUCAACUACAAUCAGGAUGACGCUAAGCUCUUAGCUCUCGAUGGCUAUGAAGACGAAGAAGAAUUUCCCAUCGAAGAAUCCGAGAAGCUGCCGCCAGAGUUUAGUAAGACAGACCUGGCGUCUUUGACGGAGAUUUUAUCUGGACCGCUCAGUUAUGAACCCCAAGGGAGAGGUACCCCAGCGUCUCUACUCAGAUCUCUUUCUCUCGCCUGGAUAAGUGACAUGAUUUGA